AUGUCUUACAACCAGUUCACCAACAUCCGCCGCCAUGAGAUCCUCGAGCGUCUCGGCAUCGAGCAGCUUCCCGCCCUGAUGCCUGGCCAGGAACAUCCGGACGUCGAGCAGGAAGAGCGCCGCCCCGAGGUGCCUCUUGUCAUGCUUCCGGUUCCUGGCAGGAAAUGCCCUUCGUGCCUUGCCAAGGGCGAGACUGUCUGGGUCAUCCCCGGCAAGUGCUGCCCUGCCUGCGGCACCCCUGUCAACUAA